GACUUUUGGAUGAAAACCAGAGUGUUUCUUCCUGCUCUGACAGCGCUACGGUAUAUCAGACAAUCAGACAGGCCUAACUGCCUCUGGCUGCGCGCUUAUCUCAUGCAUGGGCCUCAUCCGACCUCAUGCAAAUACUACAGCGCCCAGGAGGAGGGACAAGGAACUGUGGAGGUAACGAGCAACGCGCGUUGAACGACUGAGUCUAUCCUUCAAUCCUUCGGAGGCUGCUCGGGUUUUAAAAUAGCCACAGAGGCAGCGCCGCCCUCUGCAGCUCCGAGCAGCUCCACGUCAAGCAGCGGCUCACUCAGGAAAUUCAAACAUCGAGCCUUCCACAACACAGACACACGCAUCUUCCCCGAGCCAAGGUCACCGAGGCGGGCAAGCGUGUUACAGGAACCCACGCACAACACACAUCUCCGUUCCCUCCGAAGUGAAAAGUCAGUCUUGAGGUGGGCCAGCGAUGCCGCCCCCUGCCACAGGUCCCGCCCCCGUGGCCCCACCAGACGGCGGUUGGGGUUGGCCUGUGGUGUUAGCGUCUUUCAUCUCCAUAGGCUUCUCGUACGCCUUCCCCAAGGCCAUCACGGUCUUCUUCAAGGACAUCCAGGUCAUCUUUGGAGCCUCCUACAGCGAGAUCGCAUGGAUCUCCUCCAUCAUGCUUGCGGUUAUGUAUGCUGCAGGUCCCAUCAGCAGCAUACUGGUCAACACAUAUGGCUGCAGACCAAUCGUCAUGAUGGGGGGCUGCCUCUGUUCCACUGGUAUGAUCUUAGCUUCCUUCUGCACCAGUGUGGUCCAGCUCUACCUCUGCAUAGGCGUUAUCGGUGGACUUGGCCUAGCCUUCAACCUGCAGCCAGCACUGACUAUGAUAGGAAAAUACUUCUUGAAGAAGCGUCCCAUUGCAAAUGGGCUAGCGAUGGCAGGCAGUCCGGUGUUCCUCAGUACUCUUGCCCCGCUCAAUCAGUACCUCUUUAACAACUUUGGCUGGAGAGGUAGCUUCCUCAUUCUGGGCGGCCUGCUACUGAACUGCUGUGUGGCUGGAUCUCUAAUGAGACCUCUUGGACCACCACCCGGCAAGAUCAAGAAAGAUGAAGAGUUAGCUGCAAUAACCACAACAAAAGAAAAGUUCAGUGCAUGGAAAACAGUCAACAAGUACUUGGACUUGACACUCUUCCAGCAUCGUGGUUUCCUCAUUUAUCUGUCAGGCAAUGUCAUCAUGUUCCUUGGCUUCUUUGCUCCUAUAGUCUUCCUUGCGGCCUACGCUAAGGACAUGGGCGUGGAUGAAUACUCUGCUGCCUUCCUGCUCUCUAUUCUUGCUUUUGUCGACAUGUUUGCGAGGCCCUCCAUGGGGUUACUUGCCAACUCACGCUGGGUCCGGCCCAGAAUCCAAUACUUCUUCAGCUUUGCUGUGCUGUACAAUGGAGUGUGCCACAUCCUCUGCCCACUAGUGGAAAGCUACACCGGUCUGGUGGUAUAUGCCAUGUUCUUCGGCUUUGCCUUUGGCAUGGUCAGCUCAGUGUUGUUUGAAACACUGAUGGAUCUGGUUGGGCCUCAGAGAUUUUCCAGUGCUGUUGGACUCACCACUAUUGUGGAGUGUUGCCCCGUCCUCCUUGGUCCACCUCUAGCAGGGAAAUUGGUUGAUAUCUCGAAGAACUACAAGUACAUGUAUUUUUGCUGCGGAGCUGUCGUAAUUUUUGCAAGUAUUUGGCUCUUUAUUGGGAACUUCAUUAACUACAGACUCUUGGAUCAGGAGCGCAAGAGGGCAGAGAUGUACAAACGGACUGAGACAGAAGAUCCAGACCAGCUUAAGAAUCAAAAAGAGGCUGAUGGGGAAGCACAGGCGUCAGAAGAGCUGGUUGAAAAAAAUCAAAAAGAGGAGGAACCUAUGCAGCGGGAAACCAACAUCUAGAUCCUUCUUCUCUGCCAACAGCUCAUGCUCACCUCAGUGGCAAGCUCACAUCUCCUUUCACUGCAAAUAAACUGAGCUCCAAGCCAAGGGGUGCCUCUUGACGUUCCACAAGGCUCUAUUUGGGGUCCUCUGCACUUCUCUAAAACUAACUGCCAAAGCGACAAUAAUGUUGUUGGAAGCUGUGAGGUGUUAUAUCUGUUUGUCGAAGAGCAUCAGCUUUAACUAAAACAGAAAAUUAUUAAGCAGAAGGAAAAGUGUAACAUAAUGUAUGCAUGUGAGGAGGCUAUAGGUCAGAAAAUGUAAUGGAGUGUAGUACUAACCAAGGUUUCUUUUUUGCCACGUUCCCCUCAUAUCGGAUUAACUGUUAAAACAAGACUGCAACUGGAGGACAAUUACAUUCACGACCCCUAGUGGCAAUUAUAGCAAGAAUGUGGGAUUAUAAAGCGGGAAGUAUGUACAAAUUCCUAAGUGGCGUCAUCGCUCAGCUAGCAUAGCAACAAAUUCACAGAUGUUAGCAUACAAUUUGAAAAUUUGUCAGAUGAAAUGUAACUUCUGCUGCAGUUGGUCAUGUCUGACCUUAUCUCUGUUCAUUUCAAAUGUCAUUUCAUGUCUAAAUAUUCCAAACUGUAGCCAUUCCUCUUUUCCUACUGUGUUUUCCGAUAUGAAGUGAAUGCAGCAUAUGUGUGUCACCACUGUUCCAAUAGCACCAGCAUACUGAAUUUGAAAUAUCUUCUUGAAUUAAAAGCAAGAAGCAAUGACAGGGUUUAACUUUGAUCUACCUUUGAGUGAAAGGUCACUUGUUUAAAGCUGAUAACAGUCAGUGUCCAUUCUUAGCAAAGUUUUUGUGCAACACUGUCCCCACACUAUACAUUCACAUCGUGAGCAACUUGGUCUAUCUGUUGAAUUUUGUGAUUGUGGUAAGUUGGUGGCUCUGAACUCAAUCUUGUCUGAUCAAAUCUUGUACAAUCAAGCGGAAAAAAGAACAAUCUCAGAAAUUAUCAUUAGCCGGAAACAAUGGAAGCAAGUUUCUAUGGUAAUGCGAAUAUUUAAAAAUCAUAUCUGCAGGGAACAAAGAAACUAAAAUCUGGCUUGAUGGCGGCAGCUGUUGAGCCUUUAAAGUUUGGCUUGUUCUCCCUGGUUGGUCGACUCAGUGAGAAGUAAAAACUCCAACAACUGUAAUGACUUGUUGACUGUGUUGCUCGCAAUGUGAAUGCAACAGAUGGAUAGACCAUUUCCGGUGGCCUGGAGUUUCUAAGUGUCAAGCAGGAGCACAAAAUCCUAAUUGCACUGUGUGUAAUAUGGCAAUUGGGUGCCCUGAAAUUCCCACAUCUAGAAAUAAAAAACAGAUGUGCUCACAGCUGGUGAUGCUGGUGCUUGUGCAUUAUGCUGCCACCUGAGUGCUCUAAUGCCGUGUAGUAAAACCUGCACAAAAGUCCCACUUUAAUACUUUCGAUCCAGCCAUAAAAGGCUUCCAGUAACUUAUCUAGCUGCUGCACUGAAGGAAAAUGACCAUACAUCACCCCUAACAUCUUUCUAAAAUUGCUGCAAUUAAAUGAAUUUAAUUACGGUUGAAUGUAAUUUCCUCUGUGGGCCUUAACAAGGUAUUAAUGAUCAAAACCAACUGCAGAAUAUGGUUAUUUUUUUCUGCAUAUAGAGCCCAUGAGCAAUAUUACCGCUCAGAUUAUAAUGCAGACGUACAGGGAAAUGUAUUUCUUGAACCGGUGGGACAGUCUAUUCUAUGAUACAUUGCCUUAAAUGUAAUGUAACAAGUGCAGGGGAGUUGUACAGAGAAUACUUGAUAGUAUUAUAAGAAGCUCAUAAACCGCUGUGUUAAAUGUGUGAGAUCCUUUCAAACUCAUAGAGUGUAAUCAGCUUCAUGUGCGUCACCUCACAUGUCUGAAUGCAAAUUCAAAUGUUAAAGCUAUGAGAUUAAGUAUUGUUGUAUAGUGUCACUGUUAACUAAUCCACUAACAACAUGCUACUGAUGCUACCAAAUCAAUGAAUGCUUAUCAAGUCUACCUGUAUUCUCAGUUUUAUUGCGUGCUAACAAAUGUACUUGGCUAAGCCAUCACGUAGCAAUUUUACUGUUGCUAUAAUUGUCUUUCUUGUUCGGUAUUGAAUCCAUUCCAUGUGUUAGUUUUUGUAAAUUGUCAUCCUACUGUGCUGUUAACUGGUUUUCACCACAAAAAUCUGCAGUAUUGGUCUCAAACUCUAACCACAUGUCGUCCUGUCUCAGAUGUUCGAACAAAGCCAAAUGCAUUUUAAUAACAAAUUUUGUUCUUCAAAGCAAUCAUGAACAGAAAAAAAAAAAACCUUCCCAUUGUUCUGGCUUGUGUGCUUUGAAUAGUUGAAUGUCCAUUCACAUUCAUGAAAAUGGAUGUCCCGCUGUGUAGCAGUGGCUCGCCACCAUGUACUGCCCAUCGCCUAAGACUCAUUACAACCAAACGCUACGUCAAUGUGAAAUCAUCUCUGGUUCUGUGAUGUAAUCAGAGCAAUUAGCUGUAGUCGUGUUUGGCUGGAUGAAAUCUCAGGGUAUCAGUGGAGCAUUGUUGAGGAUAUCUGUGAUACCGUUUUAUUGUAAAUAAGAUUUAUUAGAAAUAUUUGCAAGCCUCUGUGCAUAGUUGAUCAAAGCACUUGACCUCUUUGAGCUCGAUUCAGUGACCUAGACUUGGCCCCAAUAUUUCCAUUCAGUGAUGUGCUAUAGGCUCAUUCGGACUGCAACAGUAUUCCCCUAAACGCUGCUUGUGUCUCCAGGUUAUCUGUCAUAAGUCUGUGUCACAUCGCUUUUCUGAUUCAGCAUGGCCCACCAGCAUUUCAUGCAAACAUCACAGUAUUUUUAUGGCAUCACGUCUGUAACUUCAUCAUGUCUUUGAAUAUUGGACAACAACGAUACCUUUUAAUGAAUGGGUAUGAAAGUGUGACUCUUUAAACUUAAAAAAAAAAAAUGAAAAGAUGGAUUCAACCCAUCGACUAAGAUCUGAUGUCACUGUGCUUAUUGUACAUGGUGGCUCUCAAUGAGGCAUACAGACUGCUGUACAAUCACUUUCUGCCAAAUAACACUGCCCCCUGCUGGUUCAGAAACACUUAGACCAAAAGGUAUAAAAAAAAUUAAAAAAAGUCAUGCUUCACUUUCAGCAGGAGAACACACACUCUCGCUUUGUCAAAUUUCUUUUUUUAAAUGACCAACAUGAUUUCAGUAUCAUGGGUGAUGCAUUUGCAUCAAUGAGGGGGGAUGGGGGAGGGGGGAUGGUAUGCUCAGUAUCAAUAUACUUUCUUUAUAUGCAAAUGUUAAAGCAAAGACCUAGAACAAAUUUCAAAGUGCAAUGGAUUGAAGGGUUUGAUUGGAUUAAGAGGAAUACUGUUGAAUGUAAACUUUCAACAUUUAUUCAUGUAAACCUUGUUUAUGUUUAAAUACCUUUUCUCUCUAUAAUCAGUAAAGAGAGCAGGUUGCGCCGAUCGAGGAACAGACAUCACAGAGGCAGUAACUUAGCUUUUAGAGCGACGUUUCUCGACUAUGGGUGUCUGUCCCUGAUGGUGGUGAAGGAAUCAAAAACAUAAUUUGCAUCUCAAAAUUGUCUUUUUUUUCUUUGACUUUUGAUUAUGGGUUUAUUUAUUAUUUAUAGAUCAUCAUCAUUACUCUGUUGCAGAAAAUUGCUGCAACAAAAUGAGUCCCCCAAACCCCUAUGGCUGAUGUUUGAACUUAUGUAUUCUCCUGCCUGUUUCAAAAUGGUAUUUGUCCUACUUUAAGCAAUACUUAUUUUUCUGUAUUCUCAGUUCAAAUGUGUAUUGUAAGAACAAAAGGAAACAUGUUCUUCUUUUUUAAUUUAACAGGAAAAAAUGAAAGAAAAUGUUUUGAAUUUGAUUUGCACCAAUUAGCCUUACAAAUCCAACUUCUUAGUUUUGUGUUGCUUUUUUUUGUGUGGUAUAUUUUUAGACACAGAGGUUUAUUUUGAGAUUAGCUGAAGACCAAGUUUAGAAGAGAUGAUGAACUAGAAUGAACAAGAAAUAUUUUCACCGCUCUUGUUUUAUUUUUGUAAAUGCAAGUUACCGCUGCUCAGAAGCAAAGGAGAAGUUUGAAUGUUCACUUUAGAAUUUGGCUGAAUAUUAUUUUUUCUUAAUGUGUGUUAUAAAUAGGCAGAACGUUAAGGCUUUACAGUUGAAGAGAGUCUGGGUGGGAUGACUUUUAGUUUCCUUUUUUUUUUUUAAGUAAAAGUGUCAAACUUUUUUUUUUGGCUUGUAUUUCAAAGCACCUAGCAGCUUACACUGUGUUUAGCUUGUAGACAUGACUGCAGAUUCAAAAUUCAUGCUUUGAAUUAUCGGUAAGAAAUUGGGUGAGUUCAACUUUAGCAGGUUGAGUCAAAAAAAAAAAGUUGUUAAAAUUGUGGUGCGCAGCGAAAAUGUAAUAGUGUGGUAUCAUGGAGGAAUUAAAUUUCAGAAUGAGUUGUGAAUUUCAAUUUUGGGUUUGAGUUUGGUUUUCCUGCCCUGGAGAUGAAUUUACUUUGGUGAAAUUCAGUUUUAUUUGAAUGUACCAGCUUUUUGGGAAAUUUAUUCUCACGUUUAUUUAGAAAUUUGAAUUUUCACCUUCAAACCCUGAUCUUAAAAAAGUUGAAACGCCUAAAUAAGCAUAUGUAUCCUUAUAUCUUCUAAUCAAAAGGUGUUUUCCGACCAAACAGUUCUGGGGACUUUUUGAAGAGGAACUAUCUACUAGGGAGUUCCCUACACCAUGAGGACUAUUCCUCUGUCUGCAUUCACACCGCCAUGGUAACUACUCUACUAGAAGCAGGAUCUAAAACGGUUCCUCUCAACGCGGUUCUAGGAACGAAAAUAGUUCUUAGUUCCUGCGGUGAAGAAUCAAUUAAAAAAGGGGGAGGGGUCAAAAAGUUCCUGUGGUCCGAAAAAGCCUAAUAGUUCAAAAUCUUCUUCAACAAACUUUUAUUUUGAAGUUUUUUUAUUUUCAUGUUGAUGUGGUAAAACGAAACCUCUCAGCAUGUGUCGGUGUGGAUUGUAUACAAGGUGGUUUGCUACUGGGAGGCUGAAGGACUCUGGCUGUUCUGCUAACUGUGCCUUAUGUGCUAUACUGACCAUUUUAAACAGCUUUUUUUUUUUAACACACACAGGGAGAACCACAAAUUUCUAUCUUUGCCCAUCUGUUUGUAUGUUUACAAAUUAUUGUAGGCUUUUAUUUCUGUGUAAAUAAUCAACUUAUUGCUAAUCAUUUCAAAUGCAAUCCUGUUGUCUUAACACUGUCAACAUGUAUGAACAAGAAGCUCUUACACCAGAUAUAUACUCUGAAUAUAUUUGAUCUGUUAAUAGGAUUUGUACUUAAAGUGAAGGAUGCAGAUAUCUGAUUUGAGGACAGCUGUGUUCACACGUUUGUUCUCAGAAGUGAACUCACUCCGUUAGGUCCUUCCAGUAGCAGACGCGCUGUGUGCUCUCUCAUCAGGGCAGAUCUGUUCUCUAUGGCAUUAUAUAUAUUUUUUUCAGAUUGUGUCAGUCCUUCCACUACCUCUGCAGCCGUCAUGUUAGAGCGAGCGACAGUACCACACGGGUAUGAAAACCUGAUUUAUGUUUUUGUAAUUCUAAUAGAGUGUUAUCACCUAUCACAGUAGUGACAUAAAUAAAGUAUAUAUAUCCAAGUA